CAGAGCUACUCCCCCUCCUGAACCAGCAGCAGCAGCAGAAGCAGCAAGAGGCGUGCAGUCGCUUCUCCGCAGACUGUCCGGUCCAGCGAGAGCUGCACACCACAGAAAGUACACCGAGCGAGAGAGAGACAGAGAGAGGGAGAGAGAGAGAGGAAGAGAGAGACCGCAAUGGGGACGAGCUGAACCUGCAGCGGGAGAAAAGAGGUGGUGCUGCGGGAGAAACACGGCGGUUCGAGCCCUCGACGCUCCGCGGCGUCACAUUAACGGCCAACGGUCGCUCGCUGCGAGUUUACCUAAAUACCUGCAGUGUUUCGCCCCAGCGCUAGCAACCGAGAGGGAGAGAGAGAGAGGGAGAGGUGGGACACGGAGACAACCAAAGCAAAAGGGGGGGCAAAGUUUUGUCAAGCUUGGCGCAAAAACACAGCGGUGAAACAAUGCGGUUGACCCCGUCAAAGUCCCUCCUUCCACCGGCAGCCCUGCUAAUCCUGCUGCUAGUCCGCUGGUCCGACAGCAUUUCAUUGUCUCCUCAAGAGGCGAACCAAUUCCUGAGCAGACACAGGAGGGCAAACCAAGUUUUCGAGGAGACGAAGCAAGGACACUUGGAGAGGGAGUGCGUGGAGGAAAGGUGCACCAAAGAGGAGGCCAGGGAAGUGUUUGAAAACGACCCGGAGACGGACUACUUCUAUCCCAAGUAUUUAGCCUGUGUGGAAUCGUUUGGAGAUUCUGAAAAGAAAAAACAGGAUCUAGUGACUUGUGUCCACAAUAUUCCAGACCAGUGCUCUCCUUCUCCCUGUAAUGCCAGAGGCACGGUGCGCUGCGAGGACAAAAAGGGCGACUUCCUCUGUCACUGUUUUACAGGUUGGACAGGAGCCAGCUGUGAGAAAGAUGUCGACGAGUGCAGCAAGCGAAAUGGAGGGUGUGACCAUGAGUGCAACAACACUAUGGGUAGUUACCGCUGCUCCUGUCACCAAGGCUACAUGUUGGUAGGACGCCACAUGUGUAAUGAUGUGGAUGAGUGUGAGGACACAGGCGUGUGUGGAACAGCACGAUGCGAAAAUAAGGAGGGCGGCUAUGAUUGCUUGUGCGAUGUCGGUUAUGUCUAUGACAACGAAACCAAAAGCUGUGUUGAUGUGGAUGAGUGUGAGGCAGGUGUUUGUGCAGAGGAGUGUUUAAACACUCCGGGGAGUUUCCGUUGCUUCUGUGAUGGUCGCCAGGGCAUGAAGCUGGGGCAGGACCUCAGGAGCUGUAAGCCUAUAACUCCCUGUAUGUCGCCAUCCCUGAAGAGGAACUCGCGCUCUCUUUACCUCGGACGCAUGUUCAGUGGUGUACCAGUGGUAAGGCUGCGUUUUCGUCGCAAGAUUCAUACUGGCUUUUCAGCAGAGUUUGAUUUCCGUACCUACGAUCACGAGGGGGUGAUCUUCUUCGCUGGUGGUCACUUAAACAGCUCCUGGAUUGUGCUAGCAAUGCACCAUGGGAAGCUGGAGCUGCAGCUGAAGUACGGCGCAGUCAGCAGGGUCACCAGCAGUGGACCCAUCGUCAAUGACGGCCAGUGGAGAAAGAUCUCUGUGGAGGAGCAGGGGCGGAGUCUGGUGAUUAAGAUUGACAGGGAGGCUGUCAUGAAGAUUGCAGUAAACGGUGACCUGUUUACACUGAAGAAAGGAAUGCACGAACUCAACCUCACAGUGGGAGGAGUCCCCUUUAGAGAGGACGGCCUCGUCAAUCAGGUGAACCCUCGUCUGGAUGGAUGUAUGAAGGAGUGGCGCUGGCUGACGGGUGAAGACACUUCCAUACAAGAAACCAUUCGGUCCAAUGACAACAUGCAGUGUUUCAGCACCGAGGAUCCAGGGGCAUAUUAUCCCGGCACAGGCUUCGCUCUCUUCAACAUCAGCUAUGAAUCACAGAACCUAAGUGUCCAGUUUACCCUGCGUCCAACUUCUGCUAUCGGAGUGCUGUUUGCACUGGUUCACCAGGACAGAGUCCCUCUCUCCAUCGCCCUGGCCGACUAUCAUCCCACAACUGACGAGUGGCGAGAUUUUGUUCUGGUAUCUGUAGGCGAUGUCAUCAUUGCCAGCUCACCUGCGCCCUUGUGUGAUGGUGAGAGUCAUGAAAUCCAGGUGACAAUCUCAGGCAACCAGACUGUCCUACUGGUCGAUGGCAAGUCUGGACGAAGUGAAGAGGCGGAAGUUCCUACUGAUCUCCUGUCACAGUCCAGCACCUUUAUAGGAGGCCUCCCUGAUGUUUCCCUGGUGUCCACGCUGGUGUCGGCCUCCUACAGCGGCUGUAUGGAGGUCAGUGUAAAUGGACGGUCUCUGGACCUGGACCAGGCCAUCCACAAACACAACGACAUCCGCUCACACUCCUGCCCCCUGCUGGACUCCCACCAGUGACCAGAGCUUGAGUCUGCCAAAAUCGAUCCAUAAGCAGUUCGUUGAGGCAAUGGGGAUUCAAAAAAGUCAUAAAAGCUUUGACUAGUGGGGAGAUGUUUUAGAUUGGAAUGUAACAAAAAAAAAAGAAGAAAAAAAAAACAGACCAAGUAUGGUGCAGCUGGAGCCUUAGCCCAGGACCACCAACCCCCCCCUCCCUCCCCGUCCUUAUACUGUGACGACGCUGCUGCCUUUUCACAGUAUUGUCAGUAUUAUGACUUGGUAAGUUAGUCAGCCAAUGAGCAACAUCCCCUGUACUAAGCAAAGGAUAUGGGAAUACAUGCUGCACAACAUUGCCUCAAAAACUGCCCAUGUAUCACAGCCUUGUAAGCCCAUUAGAACACACAGGGCCUUAUCCAGAUCAAUGCUAAAUGGUUGGUCUUGGGUCAGCCUACUACACCUGGCAUCCUGUGCUUAAAUGCAGAUCUGACUGGAACUUUGUAGGCAGAGUGACUACCUUGUGAUCAUGUUGCUUACAUCCAGUUCACGUAAGAUUCACAAAGCUUGAAAUGAUCAAGUGCUUAUGUAGAGUCCAAUGAAAUGUCAAAAAUGGGGACCAGAUAAAUAGUUAUACAUCAGCUGCCCUACUCAGAGAAAAUGUGUGAACAGGUGCUCAGAUCUUCAUGAGUGUUUGGUGCAUAAUAUCUUGGCAAUUGUAUGUGGACUAAUAAAUCUUAUUUGCCCCAGAAAAGCUGAAUUCCCUCCUCUUGUGGAGGCGUGGUAUUAGGCACAGCUUUGUGUUCUGUAGAAAACCUUGCACAUCGUUGCAGGUAGAAAUGGAUUGCAAUGUAAAGCCAUUUUCUUGAUUUUUUUUUUCUCCGAAGCACUCCAUGUCUGCCUGCAGCCUUAAAAUCAACCGUGUGCCUAGAAAAGAACAACUAACCCAAACUUGUUGACAGCUUCCCUCAAAACAGGUGAAUCAUUUCGCUAAGGUGCCGUACUGUAACAACCCGACAAACAAAACUGAUUCUUCUCCUUGUGAAAUCUCAGAUUGCAGUGAACACACUAUGCAUAUUUCCACCUGUGCAUUUUGGAGUGUUUCGCAAAGUUACUCUUGAAGUAGUGACUGACACUCUUUUCAAUCUUUAAUCACCAAAUACAUCACAAAGGCCCCUUCUUUCCCUCAGAAGCACCCAGCCACAGUUAAUACCUGCCAUACCAACAUUAGGACGACACAUUAGCCACAGAAGCACAGGGAGACAGGAAGGGGCCCUCUCCGCGAAGGAGAGCGAGCACUGCAUCGAUCGCACCACACAAGCUACUGAGAAUAUAAAAGAGUGCGCUGUAAUAUACUGAAUAUGUAAAUAAUGUGACUGUACAACGCUUUAUAAAAGACAGAAAGCAAACACUACCUUAUGUUCCCUGGGGUUUUCUGCACAUUUACGUUGAUCCAAAGUUAUAGAAAAAUCAGUCAGUUUCAUCUGCUUCUGAUAGAAAAAAAGUUUGAUGCGUGAUUCUUUUCUUAAAAUGGGAGUUGGGAGACUGAAAGAGCAAUAGCCAGGGAUCAAAGUAGCAUCAAUCUUUAGGGACUAAUUUUAUUUUAUAGGUGCUGAGCAAAUCAAAAACACAAUAAAAAAAACAAAACAAAGAAUGUCAGGAGCAUUGUGAUUGAGAAAGCCAAAAGGGCUCCGGUGUUAUUUUACUUCCCUUUGUAAUGUAUCAUUUUAUAGUUCUCUGAUGAAUGAAUGCCAGAAUAUAGAGCUUGACCUGUUAUUUUGUUUUGUUUUGUUUUAUCUUAUGUGUUGUAUCUUGAACUUCUCUUUAGUUUUUAUUUUUUCACUUUUAACUGCCAGUAUGUGUACAAUGCUGAGAGAAGUCUGCCUUUUGAGUUUUUACUUCCCUCGACAGUGAAAAUCCUAUUUAAAAAUAAAAGCAGCUGUAUGAACAUCAUAGAGUAAAAUUGUAUUUUCAAAAAACGCA